AUGCUCUCCUCUGUUCUCCUUGUCCUCUUCUCAGCGGCCGUGGGGGCAAAGACCGUGCCCAACGGCCAAACACUCACCCUCAACGGCAUACCCUACUAUCUCAGUGGGAUCCCGAUUUCGAAUUUCUCACAUAAUGUUUUCGAUAAAGCAAGCAACGAUGUCGAUAUCUUCCCUUUUACAGUCAUCCAGACUUCUAGCACCGUUCAUAGUAGCUUUCUGAGUGAAACAGUUGCCAAUUUUACCCAGCAGGAUGACGUGUUCCAACCUGCGUUUCUUCAGACCGUCUAUUUGACUUCUUCUGUUGAGGCGUCGCAAAUCGACGAACUGUCUGGCAGCGAAGCUUUGCACCAGUUUGACAAUAAGAUGUUCCUAACCGAAUCUGAUGCUUCCUUGUCUACGCCCCUUCCGAAUGGACCUUAUUUUGCUUCCGCCCGCACAGGACACAUUUUCAGAGCCUAUCGUCUCUACUCUGAUGACUCUUUGGCGUUCAUCUCGGCCGCUAUUAGCGAUGAGAGUGGUGGUUUCAUUCCUAUGACUGGAGUUACAGAGGGCGUCAUGACGAAAAAUGUCGCUGUCCCAUCCCGUCUCUACUACACCCCUACUGCUGAAAAGCCUUUAGCUGGUUUCCGGCUGGCCGUGAAGGAUAUAUUCCACAUUAAGGGUCUUAGAACCAGUGGUGGAAGCCGUGCGUACUACUACCUCUACGAUGAGCAGAAUGUUACCACUCCCUCUGUGCAACGGCUCUUUGACCUGGGUGCCGUAAUGGUCGGAAAGGUGGGCACUGUUCAAUUCGCCAAUGGUGAUCGUCCUACUGCGGACUGGGUCGAUCUGCACUGUCCAUUCAACCCCCGAGGGGACGGAUAUCAAUAUCCCAGUGGCUCCUCGUCUGGUUCGGGUGCUGCCAUCGCCGCGUAUGAAUGGUUAGAUCUGGCUAUUGGCAGUGACACGGGUGGUUCCAUGCGCGGACCUGCCGGUGUGCAGGGUAUCUAUGGUAAUCGGCCAUCAACUGGGGCUAUCACUUUAGAGCAUGCCUUGCCACUCUCGCCUCCACUCGAUACAGCCGGUAUGUUCGCACGAAGCGCGUCUUUAUGGUCAAAGACCGUCCAAGCCUGGUACCCCAACUUCAACCGCAGCUAUCCAUCCCACCCCAAACAGCUCUACCUCUCUCACAGCAACUGGGACGAGUCCACCGCACCCGAAGCAAACGAACAUCUGGAAACAUUCAUGCAGAGACUCGAAGAUUUCCUGGAUACAAAUCGCACAAUCGUCAACGUCACAGAACGUUGGUCCGAAACCCACAACUCACCCUCUUUGAUCAACCUCCUGAACACAACCUACGCCUACCUAGUCGGCGUCGGCCAAUGGAAUAAUCUCGCCAAAGGCUUCUUCGCAGACUACGCCCAAUCCCACGACGGCCGUCGCCCAUUCAUCAAUCCCGGUCCCUUGGCCCGCUGGGAAUGGGGCCAAGCAAACGGUGGAAACGCAUCCUACGACGCCGCCCUGCAUAACAUGACUGUCUUCCGAGACUGGUGGUCGACGUCCGGAUACGGACGUUCUGAUGAUGAUUCUUGCUCGGAAGGUAUCUUCGUACACGCCUGGGCCACCGGAGCAGCAGACUACCGUAACCGGUACUUCAACCCUCCUGGUCCCCCGUUCGGAUUCACAGACGACGCUAUCGCCGUUUUCGCGGGCGCGCCUGAAGUUGUUGUCCCAUUGGGCGAGUCGCCUUAUAACAGUACCAUCACGUUGCACGAGGAGUAUCUCCCUGUUUCGAUCGGCUUGCAGAUGGCUAGAGGCUGCGAUCGGGCACUUGCUGAGUUGGUGGAUGAUCUAGGCAAGGCAGGGAUUUUGAAGCCUGUUUCUGCGGGCUCGAGAUUAUAUUCUUAA